AUGCAAACAACUAAAUUCGAUCCAAACUUUUCGAUUUUUGAUAAAAUGUUUAUUCCUGUUAUCUCAGAUCUCUUUUUAGAUAUGGAACCAUUAGAAGAUGAUCAAUUCUGGCCUAUACAACACAAAUCAUCUAAUAAGUUGAAGAAAAUCGAAUAUAAGAAGAUUUCGUCAUCUACUUUAAACGAAAAUGAUACCAUUUAUAAUAUCAAGAACGAUUCUACUAAAUGCAAUCCAUUAGAAAUAAAAUCAAUAUGUAAUGAAG